CAUAAGCGACCAUCCUGCGCCAUUGACACAACCCCUAAAAAUUAUUUGUCAAGAAUUCACGUGAAAUUCAUUAAAAAAAAUAUUAUUGAUUUGCCAGUGAUGUGUCCUCGCCUAACAUAAGUAACAACAUCUCGUGCAGUCUUCGAGAGGAUUAAAUCUUUAGGUGUAUUGCACAAUGCAUUAACAAAGACGGAACCUUCGACUCGGGACCACGAUCGUCCGACGCUAUAACAACAACAAAGUCCUUGCAGAAAAAUAACAACAAAUUACGCUUAUAGCAAGGAAUAAGAAGAUCCUCCCACUGCACUUACUAUUAAGAAGAGUCUUCCAGCAGGAGUGUUGUGUCUCCAGAAAACGUCACCACGUCACCAGAAAACUCCUACAUUCAUUGCUUGGAAAUAACCUUAAUAUAAAUUGCAUUAUCCAUAAAGAUGGACAGACCUCAUGAAUGUCUCGAAUGUGGGAAAAGAUUCAAUCGUCUUGGGCAUUUAAAGAAUCACAUGGUGGUGCAUACGGGUGAUAAACCCUAUGAAUGUCCUGAGUGUGGAAAAGGGUUCAGUCGUCAUGCAAAUAUGUUGAUUCAUCUACGGGUGCAUACGGGUGAUAAACCACAUGAAUGUCCAGAGUGUGGGAAAAGAUUACGUCAUCUUGGAAGUUUGAAGACUCAUAUUAUGACACAUACAGGUGACAGACCUUAUGAAUGUCCAGAGUGUGGGAAAACAUUUAUUCAUCUUGGAAAUAUGAAGACCCAUCGAAUGGUGCACACGGGCGAUAAACCUUUUGAAUGUCCCGAGUGUGGGAAAUUUUUUAGCAAACUUGCAAAUAUGAAGAGUCAUAGGAUUUUGCACACUGGUGAUAAACCUCAUGAGUGUCCUGAGUGUGGGAAAAGAUUCAGUCACCUUGGCAGUAUGAAAAGUCACAGAAUUGUGCAUUCAUGUGAUAAACCUCACUAUUGUCCAGAAUGUGGGAAAGGGUUCAGUCACCUUGGAAGUUUGAAAAGCCACAAGAUAAUACAUUCUGGUGAUAAACCUCAUGUGUGUCUUGAGUGUGGGAAAAGAUUCACUCAUCUUAGAUUCAUGAAGACUCACAGGCUUGUGCAUACUGGUGAUCAAGCUCACAAAUGUCCGGAGUGUGGUAAAAAAUUUAGUUAUCGUGGUCAAAUGAAAGCUCACAUGGUGGUGCAUACAGGUGAUAAACCUCAUGAAUGUCCAGAAUGUGGAAAAAGAUUCACUCAGCUUGGAUCUAUGAAGACUCACAGAAUGGUACAUACAGGUUGUAAGCCUUUUGAGUGUGCAGAGUGUGGAAGAGUAUUCAGAGAACGUAGUGGUAUUAUAAGUCACUUGUUAGUGCAUUCAGAUGAUAAGCCUCAUGAAUGUCCUGAAUGUGGUAAAAGAUUUCGCCACCGCAACAGUAUGAGAAGGCACAUAUUAGCGCAUUCAGGUGAUAAGCCUUAAUGGUGUCCUGAGAAAAAACUUACAACAUACACUUAGUAACCAAAUUGGCUUUAAAAGGCACUAUAUGGUGAGGAUGUUUGAUGGAUCAUAACACUGCCAUUCAGUUCAGUAGUAUUCUUUGAGAUACAUAUGAGGACAUGAGCAUCCCACUAAUAAAAUGUACCAUUUGGAAAAUAUGAGCAUUAUGUUGAAAAUAGAGUUCUGUGCCAUCAUAUUGUGAGCUGAAAUUUUUUACAAAGAUUCAACUCGCCCAACAAGAUCAUAUCAGGUCCCCACAUUUGGUCAGUUUCACUUCGUCGCUGCCAUUGAUGGAUAUAGAGGAGAACUUGCUAGAACUGUGGCUACCACAAGACUGCUGUCCAGCAAGUUACAGCCUCCACCACCACACCCAGCAUCCCCAAAGGAGGGUAUAAUCAGAUUAAAUGUACAUCUCCUUGUUUCAAAGAACUUUGGGUCACUCUUUGUGACCUCUUGGCUUUAACAUUGGUUUGGGUUCACUAAGGCGGUCUUAAUCUCUUUAACCUUACCUCGAUGUGUGAACACAGUUUGAAUACUAACAUGUACUGUACUUUCAACCAUCAUUUUUUUUUGAGAUAUAUACAAGAGUUGUUACAUUCUUGUACAGCCACUAGUACGCGUAGCGUUUCGGAAUAAUUCGUUUCAUUUGUCAAUUGUUGUGGCUUGGUGCCUUCGUUGAUAAUUACUUACUUGUCAAUUGUUGUAGUGCUUGAUUCACUAGCUAAUGUUCACUCCUAACUUGUGGAUUACUGUACAACAAUUAUUAUGCCUUGCAAUGAUCAAUUAUUUUUACAUUAGGAGGUAAAGUUGUGCAGUAUGUGGCAUUUUAAGUUAUAUUUUAAUCUUAUACUGUAUUGUCUUUUAAAAGCAAUAUACUGUAUAUAAGUAUUUAUAUUUUUACCAGAGUAAAAAUAAAGUUUACUUAUUAAAAUUUAUGUACAUACUAGUAUUUUUGCAUAUAAUUAUAAUUCAUUGUGUUGGGGGACAGGAAGCCAGGUACAUACAGUACAUGUUAGGCUUAUACACAGGCACCCCUCCCCCCCAUGGUUGAAUUACUGGCCCUGCCCAGGAUGCAACCCCACAACAAGCUGAUAACUCCUAGGUACCUAUUUACUGCUAGGUGGACAGGAGCAUGAGGUGAAAGGAAACAUGCCCAAUCAUUUCUUUAUCAAACGGGAUUCGAACCCAGAAUUCUCAAUUGUGAGUUAAUGUACAUGGUAACCUCGGUCUUCAAAUUUAAUCCGUUUAUUCUUGCUGCCUUCAUUAUUGCAGCAUUUUGUUAUUUCACCCUUCGUUAUUGUAGCUUUUAUUAUCACAGCUCUUAUUUCAUGGCUUUUAUUACCCUGCUCAUUAUUACCUCAGUCUUUAUUAUUGCUGUACUUUUUUUUUAAUUCACAAACUUUUUACUAUGGCUUCUAUUGCAAAUUAUCACAGCCAUAUUAUUGCUGCCUUCCCCUUCCCUCCCCUACUUUAUAGCUGCUGCCCAUCCACCCUUUAUUAUUGCUUCCUUCAUCUUUGCAGCCUCUACUUCACCUUCAAGUAGAAGGUGAAGUAGAGGUGCACCUCUACUGGCAACCUUCACCAUGCUGCCUUCCUUAAUUGCCAUCAUUAAUGCCCCCUUCAUUGCAGCCUUCAUUAUGGCUGCAUUUGUCAUUGCCAUCAUCUUCAGUGCAGACUUUUAUUUGCUGCUUUUUAUAUUGCCUUGUCUGUACAGUAUUACUGCCUUCCUUCUUAGCCCAUUUUACAGUUAGUUCCCUUGUUGGCUCACUUUUCCUUAUGAUCUUCACUCUUACAGGGGCGAUGUUGUGGCGAUAUCUCCGCCCCGCCCCCACAGCGUAGAAGAGAGUUCGACCUGCUGCUGCUGUCUGUGGUCAGCACCAAAGCAGUGGGAGGACCCAGCUGCCCAAGAGCUGGGCCAGGCCACCCCUCUUUGCAUCCCUCACUUCAGAAAGUUCGUCAGAUGACUCUGGCUACAAGGUGGAGGCUGCUCCGACUUUCCAGGUCAGAAAGUGGGGGCCAGGCAGGACAUCAUCCAAGCAGCAGCACUUGUUAGAGAUGACCAGGAUAUGCUCCAGACACUCUGGGCUCGGGUGAAAGCUGCAGGUGGCACCGACACACCCCACACAGUGCUGGUACCUAUGCCACCUGUUGUCAGGGAAGUGCCAUUUAAUGAUAAUUCCUCCCCUGCACAUGACCUCUACUGACAGCAUGUCAGGUCGUGUCGAGCCCUUGAGCUAAAGCAGCAGCACCACUCUUCAAGCUCCUUCUCAAGCGAGUACAGUACUGUAUAGGCAUGUGGGCAUGUCACCAUCCCUUUUCCUUGCUCAUGGCCUGGGCUGCCUCGGGGCCCGGCACCUCACUCUUCUCCUCACUAACAUUACACUCCUGCCCACACACGUGGAGAAGUCCAACAGGGUUUGUGAUGCUUUAUCACGCUAACAGAUACUGCCACCCACUCUACUCAGCAAUGCCGAACUUGCAGCCGACCAUGUUGUGGUGCUCCUGAGGUCUGAUAUCCUACAACAAUAAAAACGAUUACAGCCUUCCAGCAGCCCUCAACAAGGCCGAGAAUACACUAAUUAUGCAACAAGGUAUAUACAGCCGUUGAAGCUCCUCUCAGCACUCCCCUCCCACAACUUGCUGGCCAACUUCCUGCAGUCCCUGCUUAACAAUGAGCUGGCCUAUUGUACGAUUCACUCCUUCUUCGCGGUAGUAGCCUUUAUGUUCAAGCUGUAUGAACAUAAAGGUCACACAACUCCUUAAGGGGGGCAAUGGACACCAUCCAGGCUGACCCCCUCCUUCUGUUGGCCUAUCGUGCAGCAGCACCUACACAAGCUGCUGGAUGCACCUGGGACACAGAAUGGACCACUCAUACAUUCUGUUAUAUCACUUUACAUUCAUAUCCACUGUUGUCAAUAUAGCUUUAGUAACUAGGCAUUGUAUGUACUAGCUCUGUCUAUAAAUCCAAUAUAAUGUUUGUAACUCAUCUUGUAUGUAUGUACAUUACUUUUACCUGAAUAAACAUUUGAUUUGAUUUGAAUUAUAGCUUAGUUAACUUCUGUAAUUCAAUUACUGGUAACUUAUAAUAAUAAUAAUAAUAAUAAUGUUUACUUAGGGAAAUACAUGCAUACAAAAUGAGUUACAAGAUGAAUGUCAGAUUUCUAGACAGAGAUAAGUUAAUUAAGCUAUAAACUACAUGUAAAAUAAUGUUAAUAUAUUUGUCCCACACCAAACUAGUUUCCUUCCAAGCACAAAAAGUGUAGAUGAGGGUUAAGGAGGGUGUAGAUGGAAAAUGUUUUCCCAGUGAUGCUUCAAAACUGUGAUGAUUUUGUUUGGGUCAGUGUUUUUAGUGUUGUGUGAGGUAUUUGAAUUGUGUGGAAUUGGUGCCAUGUAAUCUUUUGAUGUAGUCCCAGAAUUCAUGAGAAGUGUUUUCUGUGCUGUUUGGCAUGAGCUGUGAGACGUUAGCAAUGUGUGUUGUGAACUUCGUCUGGGCUAUUGAGAAUAGGGGUCAGGAAGGUCGUUAGAUCCUAAAGUACUUGGCCGUAGUUAGUUUAGUUAUUAUGCACCCCAUACCUAUCCUGUGGAUGGUAGUGUAAAGUGUUGCAGAGGAACAUAAUGGGGUCAGGGAUUGAGCCUCAAAAUUAAUUUAGUUAAGCAAGUAAGUCUUGAUGAGCUAGUUACAAAAUUUAAUGCAUAGUGUUAUAUCAACAAUUACUGAGUUAGAAACUGACCACAAGUAGUCUCCAAGAUAAGCAACUUGCAUGUGGUGAGCUAGUUUCAUAAUUGAUAUAUUUAUCCUGCACACCGCCUCCCAACCAGUGGGCAGUGGUGGAAAUGUUACAAUCACCCAUAUUUACUCCCUGAACUUAGUAAACUGGCAAUAUUUGGUGAACAUUUUUGGAAGCAAGUUAUUUUGAAUUAAACAUUUACAAAUUUCUUGAA